CACAUGCUUGAGGUGCAAGCAAAGCAGCCAAAUGCAACUGCACGAUUGACUUGAUUUGGCAAACCAGUUCUUACCUACCGAUUGUUGGUUAAGCAGUAUUUGCAUUUUAGUGUUCAAGUGGGUAUGAUGCGGUCCUCCAUUUGGGUGAUGGUCAUUUUGACUAUCAAGCAGGGAUCUGGGCAAUGUCCAGUUCCAGACGAGGUGGAUAUUCGAAGUAGUAACCUGUUUGAACAACUUGAAGAGCAAAUCUUACCCGGAGUUGAAAAUUGUUGCUGUUUUGAAACGGAUCCCGAGGAACCGUCCCUUUGUCCUGUGCCUCAAACGAAUCGGGAUGGAACCCAGGAAACGACAACCACACCAAAACCCAUCAAGGCCAUUGGGCCUCGAGAUUCAUUCGAUUUAUUGGAAAAUUCCCCCCAAAAUGAAGAGGAAUUCACCUCUACCACUGAAGCCAAUGACGAACAGAACACGGAGUUUGCCGUACCCAGAGUGUUUCUUCCAGAAUUCAUCCCAGAAACAGUGAAAACACUUUGUCCCCCGAAUUAUCAAAAAUGUUGCUACGAGACUGAGGAACUCCGGAACCAAGUUGUUAUGAAUACAGUUUUUGAGUGUCGUGUUCCACUUGUUUCGACUGAAGUGAUCCCCGAAUGGAAUCAGCCUUGCUCCGAGACGGAUUUGCCCGGGAAGCAAUGCGGAGAGAGACCAGAUUUCGAAACCAUUCCCAAUCUUCCUUUUGGCAUGGCCAGCCCAGAAGAGUUUCCGUGGAUUUGCAUCAUUCUGGAUAAAGCUAACAGAUUGGUCGGAACUUGCGUAAUCAUUCCACUCAAUUCUGGCAAUGACAUUUCCCAAGGCUCCGAAAUCGUCUUGACAGUGGCACACAAGGCCGAUGAAUUUGUAAAGAGACCCAGACAAUUGAAGGUGCGUGUGAGAGACAACUAUUUGUGCAAGGACAAGAAGGCGCCCGAGAAAUACAGCUACAAGGAGUUCAAGGUCAAGGAAAUCGUCAUUCAUCCUGGCUUCAGCCGCACGCGGUACAACAAUAACAUAGCCGCACUUCGCCUGGAUGAGCGUCUCAAUCUGAAUGAUGUAGGAAUCAAUGCAGCUUGCAUCCCAACUUGUCCAGAUAUGUUCGACUAUCAAUUUCGAAACAAUAGUGGGGUCAGAUGCUGGAUAGCGGGAUGGGGUCGGAAUCGAGAUUCCCAAAAGCUCCAAUCAUACCUUCGCAAGGUGGAUUUGCCGAUUUUUGACACGGAUCUCUGCAACCGGACGAUUACCAGAGAGGUGAAAAAAGUCGAGCCAGACACAAAUUUCGUUCUUGACGAAGGUGAGUUAUGUGCCGGAGGAGAGCUCAAUAAAGAUGCUUGCAACGGCGACGGAGGAGCCCCCCUGAUCUGUCAAGCCAAAUCAGAGCGAUGGUACGUUGUGGGAUUGGUGGCUUGGGGCCUCUCUUCCAAAUGUGGCGUCCAAGGUAUACCUGGGAUUUACACCAAAAUUGCUCAUUUCAAAGAAUGGAUCGAUACCCUGCAGAAAGAGGGCAAAGCAAUCGGAAUUCGCGGUGGACUACUAUUUAAGUAAUUUUGUAGAAAAAAUAAAGAUUGAUUUGAUAAACCAA